UGACGCCCGCCAUUUGUGUUUGCUGUCAAACGCGGUAAUGUCGAUCGAAAAAUCGCGGAUAUUUUGUGGUUUUUGAGGCGCAAUUGCAUAGUUUGUCUUUAGUUGUUAGGAAUUUAAGUUUUUUUCACAAUGUCUAAUAUAUCGCUUGAUAAAGACACCUUUUAUCGGCGUAUGAAAAAGCUUUAUGCUGCGUGGAAGGCUGCUGCAACGGAUUCGAAGAGCGAUGAUGCAUUCGCGAAGGUGGAUUGCCUAGUUUCAUGCGUCGGUGUAGAUGAAGACACACUUUACAGCAAAUCAACAGCUUUGCAGACUUGGCUUUUUGGAUAUGAGCUGCCAGACACAAUCACGGUGCUCACUGAGCACAGUAUGUGCUUUCUCGCCAGCAAGAAGAAAAUUGAGUUUCUGCGGCAAAUUGAAAAUGGAAAAGAUGAAACUGAACUACCUCCGGUCAAAUUACUUAUUAGGGAUAGAAAUGACAAAGACAAAGAGAAUUUCAAUAAACUCAUACAAGAAAUUAAAAAGUCCAAAUCUGGAAAGACACUUGGAGUUUUUGUAAAAGACAAUUAUCCAGGAGAAUUCUGUGAAAGUUGGAAGCAAGCGAUGAAGGCAGAGAAAUUCGAAAAUGUAGACGUAAGCUCCUCUAUUGCCAUGCUGAUGGCCCCGAAAGAAGAUCCAGAAGUUAUCACAGUGAAGAAAGCAUGCUUAGUCACUGUUGACUUGUUUACGAAAUACCUGAAGGAUCAAAUAAUGGAGAUCAUUGAUUCGGAUAAGAAAGUAAAACACUCGAAGCUCGCUGAGGGCGUCGAAGCGGCAAUCUCAGACAAGAAAUAUGUCACAGGAGUAGACACAAGCCAAGUCGACAUGUGCUACCCACCUAUCAUACAGUCUGGUGGCAAUUACAGUUUGAAAUUUAGUGCUGUCUCCGACAAAAACCACCUGCACUUUGGUGCUAUAGUGUGCUCUCUGGGUGCAAGAUACAAAUCAUACUGCUCAAACAUUGUCCGUACUUUGCUGGUCAAUCCAACGGACGAAAUCCAGAGCAAUUAUAACUUCCUCCUGAAUUUGGAAGAAGAGGUCAUGAAGACUCUCAUUGCUGGAGUCAAAUUGUCUGCUGUGUACGAAGCAGGCCUGGCUUUGGCUAAAAAAGAGAAGCCAGAUCUCGUGGAUAACCUCACAAAAACAUUUGGGUUUGCGAUGGGUAUAGAGUUUCGUGAGAGCUCCAUUGUGAUUGGACCUAAAACAUCAGUAGUAGCCAAGAAGGGCAUGGUCUUCAAUAUCAACAUUGGUCUCGCCAAUCUCACCAAUAAGGCAGCUACUGAGAAGGAAGGAAAGACAUACGCCCUAUUCGUCGGCGACACGGUACUCGUAAACGAGGAACAACCGGCCUCCCUCUUGACUCAGAGCAAGAAAAAGAUCAAGAAUAUUGGCAUCUUCCUCAAGGACGACGAUGAAGACGAAGAAGAAGAGAAGGAAAACAAGACUGAGAUACUUGAGAACGGAGGAAGAGGCAAAAGAACAGCCGUUAUAGAGUCGAAGCUCCGCACGGAACAUUCCUCGGAAGAAAAACGGAAGGAACAUCAGAGAGAACUGGCUAUAGCUCUCAAUGAAAAGGCAAAGGAAAGAUUAGCUAAACAGUCUAGUGGCAAGGAAGGGGAAAAGAUAAGGAAAAGCACUGUUUCUUAUAAAAGCGUCAGUCAAAUGCCGAGAGAAAAUGAAGUUAAAGAGCUGAAGUUAUAUGUUGAUCGCAAAUACGAGACGGUUAUCCUCCCAAUAUUCGGCAUUCCGGUACCAUUCCACAUCUCCACUAUAAAGAACAUUUCUCAGUCGGUGGAGGGCGACUACACUUACCUUCGGAUAAACUUCUUCCACCCCGGAGCGACCAUGGGCCGCAAUGAGGGAGGGAACUACUCGCAGCCUGACGCUACGUUUGUUAAAGAAGUCACAUACCGGAGUACAAACACGAAGGAACCAGGCGAGAUAUCCCCUCCAUCGUCCAACCUCAACACCGGCUUCAGACUCAUCAAGGAAGUCCAGAAGAAGUACAAAACACGAGAGGCAGAAGAGAGAGAAAAGGAGGAUCUGGUCAAACAAGACACUUUAGUCCUCUCACAGAGCAAAGGCAACCCUAAGCUUAAAGAUCUGUACAUAAGACCCAAUAUUGUAACGAAGAGAAUGAGCGGGUCUUUAGAAGCUCAUACGAAUGGGUUCAGAUUCACUUCUGUUAGAGGGGAUAAGGUGGAUAUCCUCUAUAAUAACAUUAAAAACGCCUUCUUCCAACCAUGUGAUGGAGAAAUGAUUAUUUUGCUGCAUUUCCAUUUGAAGCACGCUAUAAUGUUUGGCAAGAAAAAGCACGUGGACGUCCAAUUCUACACGGAGGUGGGUGAGAUCACGACGGAUCUCGGCAAGCACCAGCACAUGCACGACCGCGACGACCUGGCGGCUGAGCAGAGCGAGCGCGAGCUGCGACACAAGCUCAAGGUCGCCUUCAAGAGCUUCUGCGAGCGCGUCGAGAACAUGACCAAGCAGGAGGUCGAGUUUGAUACACCUUUCAGAGAACUCGGGUUCCCCGGCGCCCCAUACCGCAGCACAGUGCUCCUCCAACCCACGUCGGGCGCCCUCGUCAACCUGACCGAGUGGCCGCCCUUCGUCAUCGCUCUUGAAGACGUAGAACUCGUGCACUUCGAGCGCGUGCAGUUCCACCUCAAGAACUUCGAUAUGGUGUUCGUGUUUAAAGACUACGCGAAGAAGGUCGCAAUGGUCAACGCUGUGCCUAUGAACAUGCUGGACCAUGUCAAGGAGUGGCUGAAUUCGUGUGACAUCCGCUACUCGGAAGGUAUACAAUCGUUGAACUGGACGAAAGUUAUGAAGACAAUCACGGACGACAUUGAAGGCUUCUUCGACAACGGCGGGUGGUCGUUCCUCGACCCCGAGUCUGAUGUCGAGAACGCUGCACAGUCGGAGGAUUCGGAGGAAGAGGACGACGCAUACGAGCCGACAGACGCAGAGUCAGAAGAUGAGUCUGAUGAUGACUCCGAAUACGAUUCCGAAGCUUCGGACGUUUCCGACGGCUCCGGAGAGAGUGAAGAUGAAGACGAAGAAUCCGGAAAGGACUGGUCGGAUUUGGAACGCGAAGCGGCCGAGGAAGACAAAAAGGAGCGUGGUUUCGGUGGCGGCGAAGAGUUCGACCGUAAACGCAAGGGCGGUCGCGACCACUCGCGCUACGACGAGGAUCGCAGCAAAAAGGGAAAACACGACAAGUCCCAUCAUAAAGGCUCUAGCUCCAAUCACAAAAGUUCGAGCUCAAGCCAUAAAGGCUCGAGCCAUAAAAGUCCGUCGAAGCAUAAUAGCAGCCCGUCAAAGAACCGCGACAAGCACCACAAAGACCGUGAUCACAAAUCGAGCAAGUCGAACGGCGACCACAAGAAGCACUCCGACCACAAGUCGCACAAGCGGUCACGCGACGACAGCCGGGACCACGGACGCAGUCCUAAGAAAGCAAAGAAAUAAACGGGCGCAAGAUAUAAUUCUCACCUCACAUGAAGUCGAAACGGGUUUGAGUUGGCGCACACAAAUCGCGUUACACUUAAUUUUUCGUUAUGUUUGCAACCCAAUGUCCGUCUGUAUUUGAUGUUCAAAAUCAGGUCUGAAUGUUUGUAUGUAUUUGUAGUUUUAUUUGAAAUUCCAGCGUAAUUGUAAUUAAUUUAUAGAAACAAAUAAAUGUAAGGAUUUAUUA